AGUGAGGGCACUAAUGUGCCUAAACCGACCAUGAACGAACAAAGUGAAAAAAACUCAAAAACAAGAUUACCUCCAAUGAAACUUUUCCUUAUGGAUAUGGAUAAGGCUACAAAGCAUGCUUCAUCACGCUGUAUUGGGCAUCCAGCAAUGUCAUGGCCAUUCGCUAAGCUAGUUACAGAAAAAAGUGGCACAGUUUGUGGAUACCAUCCUGAUGAACCAAAAUGGGCUUUCGUCAGAUAUAUGUAUGGAAUAAUUGCAAGUAAUCCAAGAGCAUCAUAUUACGAAAAUAUUAGGUUUAGUUAUAUCUCACCUGAAAAAAUUCAUAGUGUAAAAUCUUUCUUCCCCAAAAGAAGUACUGUUAUUAUUUUUGAAGAUUUAUGUGUUGCCCCUGAGUCUAUACAAAAUCGAAUUAUCCCAUUUUUCACACAUAGACAUCAUCGGAAUAUUUCACCUAUAUUUAUCACACAAAAAUACCAUCAUGUCCCAAUGAUCAUACAUGAGAAUCUUUCUCAUAUAUUAAUGUUUAACGGUGGUAGUUCUCCUCAAGAUGUUUCCAAAAUUGUUAGUCAGUAUACUGAUGAUGUAAAAAGUGCAUCAAUGGUCAUUAAUAGCUAUCUUUGCAAGAAUGAGUUUAUUGUAUUUGACCUUAAUAGAGCAGAGGACAAUCCACUUGCAAUCCGGUUGAGGUUCGAUACCCUAUUAGAUUUGCAGAAAGAAAUAGAGUUACGUUAG